CUUAGUUAGGAAAUACCUACAUAAAAAUUUGAUUUGGAUAGUUGUAUGAAUAUAGUUGGCAUUACUGUUCAAUUUUAACGUCUAAACAGAAUAGGUGGAGAUUACAAUUUAACAUUUAGUGAGAAAAGAAGAAAAAGAAGAUUGUUAUUGACCUCAAAUUUCACUUGUUUGGACGUUUGGAGUGUAGUUGUGGUUAUUUUUUGAUUUUGUUAAUUUGGUGUAUUUUGUUAUAAAUAAGUAAUUGUAGAGUGUAAUUUUAUAGACUGUCUUAAUAAUUUGUGUAUUGUGAGAAAUGGAAGGGAAAAGAAAUAGAAGUGCCAAUUUUACAGACGAGGAGAAGGUGAAAUUGCUUGCUUUAUUGCAAAUACAUAGUGACAUUUUAUGCAAAAAAACUGAUUUUACAUUUAAUAAAAAGAAAGAAACGGCUUGGAUGAAAUUGGUUCAAGAUUUUAAUUCAAAUAACAAUAUUAAAAGGAAUGUAGAUAACUUGAAAAAAAUAUGGAACAAAAUGAAAUAUGAAGCCAAAACCUAUAAAAGUAAACUAAAAGUGGAUGUAAUGGGCACAGGGGGUGGGCCAAGUACCCUCAAAGAAAAUAGUAUUUUGGAAGAGGUGUUACUUUUGAUAGGAAGAGCAGGUGUUGGAAUAGAAAACAUUUAUGAUUCUGAUUUUCAGCCUGCUAUAGUUGUCGAUAUGGAUGUAGGUCCUAUAGAACCCUUCUUUUGUGAAAAUGAAUUGACGGAGAGUAAACUGUUGGAAACUUGUAUUUCUCAGGAACCUCAAGUUGAAAGUGGUGAGACAAGUACAACCUUUCAGGUGCCUCUUGUUCAAUCUGCAAGCACCAGCAGACAAAUAACACCUUCUAGAAGAAGACCAGUUGUAAAAGCUUCUGUUAAAGAACAACUGAGCAAGGAAAAAGUACACUCCGAAAAAUUAAAACAAAGUAUUUUAACUCAAGAGUUAAAUAAUGGAGUUCUAAGGAGAUCAGAAGAAAGGGAGCUCUUUGAGUUAGAAAAAAGAAAAGCCGAGCAAAGUAUUCAUCUGCGAAGCAUUAUUUUGCAAAAAUUAGAAAAUAACGAAGAUGUAGAUCCUUCCUUAAUACAGGCAAUUUUUAAGGAUUAGAACUUGUCUUACCAGGUCACUUGGGUUAUUGGUUUUAUUCUUAUUGUAUAUUUCUUUUAUUGUAAUUAUUAAUAGUAUAGUAAUAUUGUAUAGUAUGUUAUUAUUGUAUAUAGUAAUAUAAUAUUGUAAACUUGUUUUUUUAUUAUUAUUGUAAAUACAUUUUUAUUAUUACAUUGAUUUAGGUAUGC